CUCAUAAAUGAAUUCACUGAAUCGCUCUGUCGAGCCGCAGCUAAUCCCCUUCUUGUCCCACCCAUAGUACCCAUAAUAUACUUCAACUGUAUUCAGGUUCCCGAAUUCUCUCAAAUCAUCCCUGCAGCUAUGGCAAGAGAACGUGCAAAGUUAUUGGUGCACCGUCUCAAAAGAGAAAUUCCGCGCCAGCAGUUUGAAGUCACGAUUAAAGCGUGUGUUGGGAGUUCCUCAAAAGCACUUUCUCAAGUGUCUAUCCAGCCGAUGAAGCGGGACUUCACCCAGUUACUCAAGGGGAACUUCGGUGGUGGAGGUAUGGAACGUCUGAACAAAAAGCUGAGCCAUCAGAAGAAAGGCAAAGAACGUAUGAAAAUGAUAGGUAAUGUACAAAUACCGAAGGAGGCAUUCCUAAAUGUGCUUAGAAACUAG